UCUUACAUUAGCUAAGCUAACGCUAGCUGGUUCAGCUCAAACCAGUUUGCUAUUCCGUAAAUUUGGCUGAGGAUUUGAAUCAGUUGUGACAGUUCGUUUAUCACGUGCAUUUGCUGUGUUACAUUAAUUAUAGUAACAUGAGCGACAACGAGAAAGAAUUUAGGGAGCAGGACUCACAGCCUGGCUCGAGGAGUGCGUCCCCUCAGGGCUCUGCUAAAUCCUCCAGCCGCUCACCGGUACGCUCAAAAGAUGGCUCCCGCCGCUCCAGGUCCAGAUCCCGAUCUCGAUCCAAAUCCAGGUCCCGGUCCCAUAGAAGCUCACGUAGACAUCACUCCCGCUCUCGUUCCCGUUCUCACCGACGCCGUUCCAGGAGCCGAUCUCGUAGCUGGGAGUACCGCCGGCACAGGAGCCACAGCCGUUCACCCAUGUCAAAUCGUCGCAGACACAUUGGCAACAGGGCCAACCCAGACCCUAACAACUGUCUGGGUGUGUUUGGGCUGAGUCUGUACACCACUGAGAGGGAUCUGAGGGAGGUUUUCUCAAAGUACGGCCCUUUGAGUGCCGUUAACAUUGUGUACGACCAGCAGUCACGUCGCUCUAGGGGCUUUGCCUUCGUCUACUUUGAAACCCGUGAGGACUCUAAGGAGGCCAAGGAGCGUGCCAACGGGAUGGAGCUUGAUGGGCGCAGGAUCAGAGUAGAUUUCUCCAUCACGAAAAGAGCCCAUACACCCACACCUGGGAUAUACAUGGGACGACCAACAUAUGGCGGUGGCAGUGGCGGUAGCGGAGGAGGUGGUGGGGGCAGCAGUAGUAGCAGUGGUGGUGGUGGUGGGUCAUCAUCGCAGCGUAACUCAAGGGACUGCGACAGGGGCUCCGUCAGGGGCUAUGACAGAAGUUAUGAUCGUGAUUAUGAACGCUAUGACGACAGAGAGUACAGAUCAUACAAACGCAGAUCUCCAUCUCCUUACUACAGCAGAGGGUAUCGCUCACGAUCCCGAUCCCGGUCCUACUCGCCACGUCACUACUGAGCAGUGAAGAAGAGUCACCGUUUUCAGUGUUAUUGAUCAGAUGCUUGUUUUUGUAUGGUUUUUUGGACCAGAUUAUAUAUGUGAAAUGUAUUCUUUAUUUGUCAAUGUAUAUUGAAAGUUUAAAAAAUGGUCCGAAAGAUGCACUCUGUCCGAGUCCGCAAUGUAAGUGGUGAGUUUAUGGACACCUCAUUUGUAGGCAGAAUAAUGAAGAAAAAAAAAAAGUGAAAUGCCAGAAAACAGGAAUGAGGUGGAAAUGAGCAAUGCUUUGGAUCUGCAACAAAAUGUUUUUCACAUGAUCAGUGGCUCGAGGCCCAGCUCUCUCCUUGCUUUGAGGAAAUCUGUGAAGUUUUGUUUGUGGGUUAUCCUCGUAACAGCUAACAGGAAUUGAAAAUGUGCAGUUUUAAUACAUUUUCUCGUUAUGCUGUUUUGUUUGUAUUACAAGAUCCCAGUUUUCACUUAAUUAACAUCUUACCAUGUUACCUUUUUUAGUUUUGUCUUUUUUUGUUGUUGUGAGAUUUACUUUAUUUGGGUGUUUUUACAUUAACAGUAAAUCAUUGUUUGGGUGAUUUCCUCUGUUGUUUAGUAACAGUGUGCAGUAUACUGUAAUGGCCACCCAUCAAACAUUUUAAUUAUUUGGCGUGUUUUAUUUCUUGACAGAAAUAAAAUGAUUACUUGCUUGAACUGUACGCAUGCACCCUCAUUUGAUAUGAGUGAACAUCCAUAUUGAAGCCCUGUUGUCACAGUUGAAGUUUUUGGCUAAAUAAAGUGUUUUACAGAA